AUGAGUAUCGUAGAAGGUCGUAUCACUGGUCUCGCUGCAUCAGGGACAGAGUUUUUAUCCAGCAAAUUCAUAUUUGAUGAGGAAUUCUCUGUCAAUUGGAAGGAGCGAUCUGCCAAGCUUAUGAAUGAGCUACGAGAUGCACCAAACGAAAAGGAAGCAGAAGACAAAAUAAAAUUGAUAUUUUAUGACUGUCUGCUGUUGACGGCUGAUCCCAACGCUUUUCAAAGCACUAUAGACCUGACGAGACUAAGUGCGUUGGUGACUGAGGUAUGCUCAAUGAACUCACCAAGAAAUGCCAAGGUAUUUAUCUCAAUGAUAAACUCUUUUCCGGACAAGACGGAUCGAUUGGUUGAGCUCAUGAUAUCCCUUCCCUCAUUAAAUGACGCUUUCAGCACUUAUAUCUCAGAUGACAAGCUGUUAGAAAGAGCCGGAAAAUUUACUGCUCAGCAGAGAGGACUAUUCAAGCGACAAUUGCUUGAAAGUCGAUACAUUAUAAAAAAAUACAACUUGCUGGGCGAACAUGCCGUGGGGUUUUCUUCCCUGAUCACUUUCCUAUUCACAGCGUAUAAUGAUGGCUACAAGGACAUGAGAGUAAAGUACUAUUGGAGUCAGAUGCAGUGCAUCAUUGGAAAAUAUUCUUUAGAUCCCAUAAAGUCUUUGGAAGUGAUUCUGCGGACCUCUGCAUUUUACUUACCUCAAGGUUAUAAGUUUCUUGUUGAAUUUUUGCGCGCUUCGGACUUCUGGCCUCAGCAGGAGGCCUCUCACCUCGAGGCUGAUUCCAAUUUAGGCCGAGGAGGAAGCAUCGUGGCGGCUAAGAUUUUAUCAGAACUACUUAACGAUCGGACCAUCGAGGUCCAAGUUUAUGACAUGUGCUGUGUCUUAAUUAAGUGCGGCUUUAUAUCUUUCGGCUCCAUAUUUGAGAACAUAGGCCCCGAUGAUGAAAAGAUCAAUGAUUAUACGGAGAAGAGGUAUAGGGAUUUGGAAUCUGAGAGUAAUCAAGGAAUUCUGAAUCCCUUGGCAAUGGCCGCAGCACUCGCUGAUGACAGUGAAGGAAAAGCUGAGGAAAACAAUGAACAACGACAGAAUUACGCGAAAUUCUCUGCAACGACUCAAGAGGAAGCUAUUACUGAAGAUAUUGCUGACAGCAAAAAAGAAGUAGAAAAAAGGAUAUUCUAUGGAGGCAAACUGUUACUUCUAGAGAGAUUAAUUGUUCAUGGCUUGACAAUACCGUUCAUGUACGGUUUCUUAAAAUUUCAACGACUUGCGCUACUGAAGGACAGCCUUGUUAAGGAACUGAUCAAGGCCUUUGAUUUUGCUUUGACUCCGCUUUACAAAUCAAUGGUCUUUGGUCCUGAAUUGAACAAAGAUCACUCCGUGUUAAGUAAGUCCAAAUUUGACGAACCGCAGACGCCGGGCCAUAGGUUCAGAGAGGUUAAGAGUCAUGAUACAAACAUGUGGAAAGAGUCGAAUUUCAUAUUCAGCUUUUACCACGAAGAUUGGGGGAGUGAUGUCCCAUCGAUCCCUAAUAUAGAAGCCCUUUUCCAGCUAUCUCACGAAUGGCUCUCUUCCGUGGGCCCUCGACUGGCAGUCGUACCGACAACCAUUAGCAAGCUAUGUCGAAUGGCGCUGAGGGACAUAGAAACAAACUCAAGUGCAGAGAACAUUUCUCGUUGGGUUGACUACUUUAGGAAAUUCAUUUUCCCAGCGCUUCCGCUUCUCUCAGAGAACCUUCCGACUGUGAAUGAAGUAUACAAUGUUAUGCGCUUGUUUCGUUUUGAAACACGCUGCUAUCUGUACAAUGAGAUGUACUCGAAGCUUUCUCAAGACGAACUUUUCAUCAAAGUCGCGUGGAAUAAGUACGAGAAAAAGGCAAGAAGUGCUUUGAAAUCGUUAAGCGUUGAUAACAUUGAUCUUCGAGCUCCUGGAUUAGGGAAGCUGGUAUCAGCCAACCCACUGAGUGCCCUGCAUCCUAUCGUUAAUCAAAUUGAGAAUUACGACAAAGUUUCAGAAUUGGUUGUGAAAACGUCUCUUUUCUUCAGUCCAUUUGCUUAUGAUGUGCUUCAAUAUAUUCUUCUUUCAAGACUGACAUCAGGAAGGGCAGUCGUGCAGGCCGAUGGUAUCAAUCUUUUGACAUGGUUGUCCAGGUUAGCAAAUUUUAUUGCCGAGUUAGUGAAGAACUGUCCUAAAAUGGAUGUUGGGAACAUUGUGAGAUUUAUUGUCAAGACAUUACGGCAAGGAAGUGAUAUACCUUUGGUCAUCCUGAGACAAUUGCUUUUCACAGUUGCUGGAAUAAAAAGCCAAUACGACGUCAACAAGAAACAGCUGAUAAUGCUGAAUUCUGGCAAGCCGCUUCAGCUUGCGGCAAGGCGCAUCAUUCGGGAUGUUAGAGAUGAUAACCGGAGGUGCUCAAAGAGACUUUUGACUGAUUUUAUCGCUCUUGAUUCUCUUACCGAGAUCGUUAUCAUCCUUUACCGAUUGCAGCUCCGGCUUAUGUUUGAAGAUACUCACUACAAAGUGCUGUCAUCAAAAUGCGACGAUAUGAAUUCUUUACUUUGGUCCUUCAUAUCGACGUGCAAAUACUUUUUAGACGCAAAAACAUUUGAGGAUCAUGUUUUGCCCUUCAGCACCUUGGUUAAUGACCAAAACGUUUCAAUUGAGUGGGCAUUUGAAUUGUGGAGAGAUUUUUAUUUGAAAAACCAAACUAACAACAAUCCAACUGAUCUUAUCGAAGACGAAAUGUUCUUCAUAAGUGAUAAAACGAAAUAUGGAAAUCUAGAGAAGCCACUUUUCCUUAGUUUCUGGAUAUUUUCGCUUCACGAAGUCCAUUUUGACCGGUCGGUAUAUGACGAGGAGAAAAUUUAUUUGGAGACCAUUAAGCGUCAAACCAAGUCUGAUAAAAAACUGUCUGAACUCUCUAAGAAGAUCGAAAAUUUAAUGGCUAGCUGCUUGUCGCACCAAGCAACAUUCAAUAGAACGUCCACGUAUUUGGUGAAAGUGGCCGAGAAAUGGAACUGGACUAAAGCAGAAAUGAAAGAUUUUAUUCAGCUUUGCAUGGUACCCAGGGUUCUUUUCUCUCCAUGCGAUGCGAUGUACGCAUUUUAUUUCGCUUCCAAUGUGUUCAAAAAAGCUGGUGUUUUCCGAAUUUUUGAAAUGCUUGUAAAUUCGGGCAUUCUCCGAACUUUGCUGUUCUCAUCAACCACUCAUGAGGCUAGCAAUAUUGGUUUUUUCCUUGAAAUGGUGACGGAGUAUUUGAGCGCGACUAAAAAUGAGGAAGAAAGUGGUUUUGAUUCGUUGUUCGACCUUCACAAUACACUUCUUGAUGAUCUGGUAGACAUUUUGAUGGAAAAGAAUUACAUGUCCAUUCGUAAUGGCAUCGAAUGCAUGAAAUAUUUUUCAAACGUAUUUCCCAUUGCCACGGAGCACAUUGAAUACUUAAUAUGGGCUAUAGAGAGAUACCUCGUCGAAGACCAAAGAGAAGACAUCAAGCUUCCCAGCAAUGCAUUAGUCGGGCACCUCAAAGCGCGGUUGAAGAGCUCGUCGAGCUUGCGGAGCAUAUAUCAUUUUGAGUUAAAGGACGAAGACCGAGCCUUUUUAGCAGAGAAGGAAGAAAUCGCACAAUAUGAGCGUCUUGUGCGAUUAGGAAGUGAAAAGGUAGCUUCUACGGAACCACUAGAGCUAAACGAGGAGAACAAGGCAGAAUCGUUAUCAGAGCAAGAAGUUUCGGCCCCUAAAGAAAAAGAUCAAACUGUCAUCGUAAAAAAAUCGACGAGAUUUGACGCAACACAGAAUCUACCCAUGUUCGAAGUUCUUGAUGAAAUGGAUGAAAUAUUAGAACAUUUGAAGGCGGAUGAUAUGAACCUGGUCAAGAGACGGAUAAGAAAUAAAAAUGCUUACUUUGAGCUUCGAAGCAUUGAGAACAAGACGUCGUCUUUGGAGGACUACCGAUCUGGCGUGGCCGAUCUCUUGGAAGAUUAUUUCAGGAGCUUGGUAUCAAACUUUGACCAUGAGAGAUUUACAUAUUUUUUGAGCGAAAUCGCUAACGCAUGCCAGUCCAUUAGUCUUCCUCGAGAGAAGAAGGCGAGCAAAAACAGGAAAACUGCGAAAAUUGAGUAUGGCAAUGAAAUUAGUGGACGUCGCGAUACUAAAACUUCCAAUCCUGCAUCAAAUGCCCGCGAGAGCUCAGCAAAUUUGAAAGAAGACCGCCGCGAAUCGUCUAGAUACGGGGGAGCCGGAGCGCAACCUCUCACUAAAUCGAGAUUCUCGGGUUCAGGAGCGCCUCUGCCUAAUGAGCAAAGCCAAUCUGCGCAGAAGCUUGGUAAAAGCCCAGACACUCAAAGAAAUCGAGGUUCCAAGAUGGAUGCAGCAAAUCCAGAUCUCUCCGAGAGAUCUCUUCGCUCUAACAGAACAGGGACUAGGUUCGAAGGACUCCCGAGCCUUGAACUUGCGAGAUCUUCGAAGUCUAUUCUUAAAAGACAUUCUUCGCCUCGUGCAGCUGAAAUCCAUCCACCAGAGAGUUCCUCCGCUCGGGAAAGCAGGUACAAUAGCUCCUCCGUGAAUCAAAUUGAGAUCAAUGAUAAACGCACGAUGGGCCGCCCUUCACCUGAGAUCUCCAAAAGAAAGCGUCCGAUGGAUCAAGAGAGCAAUUUUUCAAAAAGAUCAAAACCUUCUGCCGAGACUCGAGAAUCUAUUAGGUUUCCCACUAAAAGCUCGUCAAAACCGCACGGGUCUCUUAAAAAUACCGGCAGAAACGAGGAAAAAACUAUGAAAAGACAAUUCGGCAAUCUACGUACCAGUGAACAAGAUAGGGACAAUAAAGGCGGUCGAACAUCUCAACAAAGCCGAUACAGAGCUUAG